CGCGCCAUUUCUUGUACGAUCACUUUGUCACAGGGAGCACUGGAGGCAAGAAGGAGUUAGAGGCUUCCGUUACUUGUGCACACGUGUUGUGAAAUUUAGCGUCUCUGUUAAAACAGAGCUUCUUGGUUUUAUAUUCUAAAAAGAAGUACAAUCAAUAUGUCUGAAGAAUAUUUCUGGGGAUUGACAUUGAAGGGUGGAGAUGAGAAGACAUCAGUGUCUCAGUGGGAUCCUGAUGGUGAUGUUGAAGAGGCAACCAAACCAGGAUUCCGCAGUAAUCAGUCACUUAUAGUGAAACAGGCUGUACUUGGAGCUGAAGCCAAGGAGGGUGAAGUUAAUGUUGUACAGGUGGAAGCUUUGGGAUGCCGCCAGAGCAUAAAAGUGCCAGUUUGUGUCCUAAAGGCUGGCUCUAUACAACAGGUUCUUCUUGAUUUGACAUUCCCAGAUGCUCCUGUAACAUUCAGCUUAGUACAAGGCAAUGGACCUGUUCAUCUAAUAGGAAAUCAUGCUAUAGGUGGACCUGUGGAUGAAGAGAUUGAUGAUGAAAUGGAUGAAGAAGAAUUAGGUGAGGAGGAGGAAGGAGAAGAUGGAGAAACUGCUGUUGAGCCAAGGAAGAGAAAGCUGACCCCGAACCAAAACAAGGUUAACAACAAGAAGGCUAAGCUUGAUGAGGAGCCAGAGGAAAUGUAUGAUGAUGAAGAUGAAAACUUAAGGAAGAAAGCAAAAAACGAUGCUGGUAAACCUAAGAAGGAAAUGUUGAAGAAGAAGAAAUAAAUUUACCAAAAGACUGAUUUUAAUGCUGUGAUUCAUAAGUUCCAUUUCUCACAGUUAUGUUGAAGUGCGGUAUUACAGUAAUGUACUGUCGUGAGGAUACAGGUUCUUUCAGCUGUAGAAUAGUUUACACCUGUAAGAACCUAAGACAUUCAGCAGGAACUGUUUAUGUUGUCUUUAUCAGUAUAGGAUUGUAAAUCUCAUUGUCUUAAUACAUUACCAUUCCUCAUAAGUUCAUUAUGAAUAAUCAGUGGAUAAGUGAUUUUAAUAUCUUAAUGUUCAUACAAUAAUUUGAAUAUAUGUAUCUUUCAAAGACACUGGUCACUAGAUGGAUUUUAUUGAAAUGGUCCCUACUUUGAAAUCCCAGGUAACUCCAAACCUCAGAUUGAAGAAGCAAAAUCUAUUUCGAGCAAGUAUUGGCAUUCAAAUGAUCAGUUCAAACUACUGAAGCAUGAUGUGAUUUUUCAGCUAUAGGGCAGUGGUAAACUAAACACACCUAAACUGACAUUUAGAUAAGUUUUUGUUGAGCAGUUAUUCAUUUACAUUUUUACUCCAUGUACAAACAAAAUGCGCAUUGAAAUAAAUGCAUUUGACAAAC